AUGGAUCCGCACUAUGUCCCUGUUAUCUCCUCUGAGCGCCACGAAACAGCGCCGGAGCCGCCAGUCCGAGAGACGCCUGUCCGCAUCACGCACUUCGAAGGUUGGAUUCUGAAAGAGGACGGCAGUAGCACCACAGGCUCAAUGGACGGCCAAAUUGGACGAGAUAGCCCGAUCGCGGUGUCCCACGGCGAUUGCCCAUCCGAUGUGGACUAUGAUGCCGACCUUCCGCCCCUCUCUGAUUCUACUGUUACAACCCUCCACCAUUCUCCUCCCAACACCCCUCUUCGACAACCCCCGGCGCUACUCGACGACAACCGCCGGUCCGAGGACAGUGCCUGGGCCGGUUCGAUUGACAUCAAAGGGGAGGUGUGUGCUCAGCUGAAUGAGAUGAAACUGGUCUCCAGCUCAGAGGACGCCAACGAUAGGGAAGUUGAGGAUUUUGGAUCGGAAAGCUCUGAAUUCAUCUCCCAUAUCUCCGACGACGCAGACGACGCAGACGACGAGCUGGAAGAGAAGAACGACGACCACGAGACCGAGGCUGGCAUUAAGAUGGCCCUUACUAACAUGUUGCGUAAGAUGAUGUUUGUCUCUGGUGAAACCGCCGAACCUUCCAUUGAGACCACCACCUUGAUCGAAGAUAUCACCCGCCAGCAGGUCCUUGAAAUACUCACUCGCAGCACUGCACUGGCAACCCGGCGUGGCUCACGCUCUAUCUCAACUGAUGACCUGAUUUUCCUCAUCCGUCACGACAAGGCUAAGGUCUCGCGUCUCCGCAUGUUCCUGUCCUGGAAGGAUGUCCGCAAGAACGUGAAGGACUCCGAUGAUAAGGGCGGCGCUGAUGCCGCUGACUUCGCCGCCGCCGACGAUGCGGCCGGUGUCGUCGCUGGUCCCCAGGACGUUGCUGCGAAGCCAAAGAAUAAGCGGGCCAAGGUAGGCCUUGCAUGGGAUAUCAACAGUUUCUUCUCAGUCCAGAUCCCCGAGCGUGACGACGAGGAGGAUGAAGAGGAGGAGGAGCAGAACUAUGCAACCCUCCAGCGCCUGGCUGCCGCCGACGAGCGCACCAAGAACAUGACCAGGGAGGAAUACGUCUUCUGGUCCGAGUGUCGCCAGGCUUCCUUCACCUACCGCAAGAGCAAGCGGUUCCGCGAAUGGGCCGGCUUUGGCAUCGUCACCGAGUCCAAGCCCAACGAUGACAUCGUUGACAUCCUCGGCUUCUUGACCUUCGAGAUUGUUCAAACCCUCACGGAGGAGGCGCUGAAGGUCAAGGAGCGCGAGGAUCAUGAGAAGAACCGCGGCGGCGCCGAGACCACCGGUGCCGAUUCAAAGAAGCGCAAGCGCGAGACUGGCCUGUUCGAUCCGCCCGAGGAGGGUCGCACCCCCAUUGAACCUCGGCAUGUCCGUGAGGCCUACCGCAAGCUUCAGGCGACGCCCCAGAAAUCCAUCGCCAUGCUUCUUCACAACGGCCGUGUGCCCGCCCGGCUGCCCCUGCGGCUAAUCUAA